CGCAGGGGCUGGUGUCACCGGUCAUUCCUGCACGGGACAGUCCACCAUGGCCUCAGACCACCAGACCCAGGCGGGCAAGCCACAGUCCCUCAACCCCAAGAUCAUCAUCUUUGAGCAGGAAAACUUUCAAGGUCACUCGCAUGAGCUCAAUGGGCCCUGCCCCAACCUGAAGGAGACUGGCGUGGAGAAGGCAGGCUCUGUCCUAGUGCAGGCUGGACCCUGGGUGGGCUAUGAACAGGCCAACUGCAAGGGCGAGCAGUUUGUGUUUGAGAAGGGCGAGUACCCCCGCUGGGACUCGUGGACCAGCAGCCGCAGGACAGACUCCCUCAGCUCCCUGAGGCCCAUCAAAGUGGACAGCCAAGAGCACAAGAUCAUCCUCUAUGAAAACCCCAACUUCACCGGGAAGAAGAUGGAAAUCAUAGAUGACGACGUACCCAGCUUCCACGCCCACGGCUACCAGGAGAAGGUGUCAUCUGUGCGGGUGCAGAGUGGCACGUGGGUUGGCUACCAGUACCCCGGCUACCGCGGGCUGCAGUACCUGCUGGAGAAGGGAGACUACAAGGAGAGCAGCGACUUUGGGGCCCCUCACCCCCAGGUGCAGUCUGUGCGCCGCAUCCGCGACAUGCAGUGGCACCAACGUGGCGCCUUCCACCCCUCCAACUAGUACCCUCCCCACCAUGCCUCUUUCCCAGGACCCAGACCUGCUGCCCAGGAACCCUCCAGACCAACCAGAGAGUGAAUAAAGUGUGACUUGCAACUUG